ACAGCGACGGGUAGUUUACGGUCUGUUAUGAGCAAGAAACACUUGAUUCAUUUACAGAUUUUACGAGAUUCAAAAGACAUUAUGUAGCACUGAACAUUUGCGCUGAACGGCUGCGCGCAGUAUGGUUGGAGACGUCGAGACUUCUGGAAAACAUCCAGAGAUCAAACAGACUCCUGCGUUAUUUGGUUAGACACUAACAAACUUCAUUCCUUCCCAUUAUACCGGAGGCUAAAUUAUGUUUUUCUUCAGAACUUGGUCAACUGUGAGACUGGUCACCGUUUUAUUAAGCUUGGGGAUUCACAAGAGCACCUGGAAAGCAGUGGAAACGAUUCAUCCGGCGUGUGCUCUGGUGGCUGAGCAUAUGAAGGCUCAAGAGCAAUGCAAUGCAACACAAAGACAAGAGUCCCACAACAGAAACAACGUCACUGGGUGUCCCACUGAGUGGGAUGAAUUUUGGUGCUGGUCUGGGGCAGAAGUUGGACAGGUGGUCAACAUCUCCUGUUCUGAAGUAUCUCAGCUAUUUGUGAAUCAUGGUUUCAUAUUUAGGAACUGCACCAAGGAUGGUUGGACAGAAGUCUACCCAUCAUAUGUGAAUGCUUGCGAGAUUGUAGAGGACGUGGAAUCGGAAACUGAGACCACAUAUUAUGCCACUUUCAGACAAGUGUACACUGCAGGCUACGCCACCUCUCUGAUUUCUCUCAUCACUGCCAUCUUUGUGUUUACAGUCUUCAGGAAGUUCCACUGCACCAGAAACUAUAUUCACAUCAAUCUGUUUGCAUCCUUCAUCCUGCGAGCCAGCGCAAUCUUCAUCAAAGAUGCAGUUCUCUUUGCUGAUGAGAAUCUGGAUCACUGCUUCAUGUCAACAACUUCUUGCAAGGCAGCAGUGGCUUUCUUUCAGUUCAGUAUUCUGGCGAACUACUUCUGGCUGCUGGUUGAAGGAAUGUAUCUGCAGACUCUUCUAGCACUGACUUUUGUCUCUCAGAAGAAGUAUUUCUGGUGGUAUAUACUUAUUGGCUGGGGUCUACCCACACUAAUAUUGACCAUCUGGGUUCUAGCAAGGAAUUUUUUUGAUAACAAUGGGUGUUGGGAUGACACAGAAGUUGCUUACUUUUGGUGGAUCAUCAAAGGACCGAUCACUGUGUCUCUUCUGAUCAAUUUCUUAAUCUUCAUAAAUGUGAUCCGGAUUCUUGUACAAAAGCUGAAGUCUCCAGGAAUGGGUGGCGGUGAUACCAAUCACUUCAUGAGACUGGCCAAGUCUACUCUUUUCCUGAUCCCUCUGUUUGGAAUGCACUACAUGGUCUUUGCCUUCCUCCCAGAGAACACAGGAGAAAAUGCUCGCCACUUCCUUGAGCUCGGCCUGGGACCCUUUCAGGGUUUUGUUGUGGCUCUGUUAUACUGUUUUCUCAAUGGCGAGGUACAAGCGGAGCUGAAGAAGAGACUGUGGAAGUGGCAAACACAAAGUUAUUUGAGAUACAGUAAGAGAAGACGAACCCUCUUUACAGAGAGCAGCACAGUCACACAAAUCUCUGUUUUAGAGAAAUCCAGCCCUAAGGAGCUGCCCUUAACCGAGUGCCACAACAGUGUGUCCACCGUCUGAAAGCAGGCUUUGCAUUCAUCUCAUGUCUUGUUUACCUUUUGAUAUUUCUUCUUUCUGAAACCUAGUAGACUAAGAGACUUUUAGACUACAUCUGAAAACAGAUUUUUUUGUUUUAAAAUGCUCUCUGUCUGCAAGUGUUUUCAACUGCUUUUUAAAUAUAUCCCAUCCACAUUGAAACAUCAGAAAAAGCUGAAAUUACUAUACAUGAUAUGUUAAAAAAUCUCAAUGCUAUUUAUAUGUCACCUUCAUUCAGGUCAAACUUAAUCUCUAUUCCGAAAUGUUCUAUCACUCUUAAAUGCUUGUAAUAUUAUGAUUGUACAAAGUAGAAUUUAUCUUUAGCAACACAAAAUCAAAGUGAAUUUACUUAAAAUAUAGGCCACGUACACUAUAUUAACACAUUUUCAGGAGUGACAAGCACAUUUAAAUAUUAGAUUACCUAUUUGACACAAUUAAUGUUAUACAUUGGUAUGAAAUAUGACACCUGAAAUGGCAGUGACUGACAGGCAUUGUGGUAACCAUAUCAAAGUUAUCAUAUGUCAUGCAGUUAGCAUCUGCUAUUUUUGACAAGUUACAACAAACAAACUUUUGUUAUGUUUGACAAUUUAAACCAGGGGUGCCCAAACUUUUUCGUAUAAAGGGCCAAAAACCAAAUAUUGAGAGCCAUGGGCCGAAAGUAAAUAUACCAAACUAUUUUACAUUAAAGUUGCCAUGGGCAUGGGUAGUUUCUUAAUUUUUCAGAAAACAUAAUUUUAUAUCAUAUAACUAAUGCAGUAUAACAUUUAAAAUGAUAACUUAUUGCAAUAAAAGCAUAAACAAUUGGAUUUAUAAUGCUAAUUACAAUCAUCAAGCAGAAUCUGCCUUUGCCUUGAUUUGUCAUCUAUCCAUCGGGUGACAGUAUGUACAGUUGAAGUCAGAAUUAUUGAAUUUAUUUAUUUUUUUUAUAUUUCUU